GCGGUUGGAGAUGAUGAUGAUGACGAGCGGGGGGUGCCGAGGAGACCUCGCCGCUCUCGAUGGCUUAGGAGGAAAGUGAACCCGGGGCGAACUCCAUGAGUGCAAGUCCUCUGCGUUGGAUACUUGGAAGGCCCCUAUGGCUAUGUAUGAUGAAGACCUCUUAAAGAACCCCUUUUAUUUAGCAAUGCAGAAACGGCGUCCCGAUCUCUGCAGGAAAGUUGCAGAAUUGCAUGGAAUUGUAUUAGUGCCAUGCAAAGGAAGCCUUUCAAGUAGCUUCAUCUCAGCUUGCCAGUUUGACUCUUACGUUCUUAAGCCGGUGGAGGAAAACUUCCAAACUUUAAAUGGAAAGCAAAUCUUCAUACAAGGAAACUUGAUCGUACUUGGGGUUGGCUUUAAUCAUCAUUGCUCAAUACCUGUUCUGUUUGAGGAAACUUUCUACAAUGAGAAAGAAGAAAGUUUCAGCAUCCUUUGUAUAGCUCAUUCUCUAGAAAAAAAAGAGAGCAAAGAACCACCCUCAACACCAUCGAAUUCUUACUCCCUGAAAAACAUUGAAGAUGUGAGAGAGUUCUUGGGAAGGCACACUGAAAAGUUUGAUAAAGCUAUUGCAUCUUUCCACAGGACUUUCAAGGAGCAUGACAGGAAAAUCCUACGACACUACAUAGAUUCUGUGAAUGCGCUCUACACCAAAUGCAUUCAGCAGUUACUGAGAGACUCCCACCUCAGAAUGCUUGCGAAACAGGAACCUCAGAUGAAUCUGAUGAAACAAGCCGUGGAUAUGUAUAUCCACCAUGCUCUUUAUGAUGUGAUCUUUAAAUAUGUGGGGACUAUUGAGGCAACUGAGGAUGCAGCUUUCAACAAAAUUACACGAAGCCUGCAAGACCUGCAGCAGAAAGACCUUGGCAUCAAGCCCGAAUUCAGCUUCAACAUACCACGUGCGAAGCGAGAACUGGGCCAGCUGAAUAAGUGCACCUCCCCUCAACAAAAGCUCCUCUGUCUGCGCAAAGUGGUGCAAGUCAUAAUGCAGUCCCCGAGUCAAAGAGUUAACUUGGAGACCAUGUGUGCAGAUGAUCUGCUUUCGGUCUUGCUCUAUCUCCUUGUGAAAACGGAGAUUCCAAACUGGAUGGCAAACCUGAGUUACAUCAAAAACUUCCGGUUUUGCAGCUCGGCAAAAGAUGAACUAGGGUACUGCUUGACCUCGGUUGAGGCUGCAAUAGAAUACAUCCGCCAAGGAAACCUCUCUGACAGGUCGACGGAAUCUGAAGGAUUUAGUGAGAAGCUGUCCUUAAGGCAAAGAAUGAAUUUACUCUCUCAGAUGUCCACCACUCCAAUAGACUGCUUGUUUCAGCACAUUGCUUCAGGCAACCAGGAAGAGGUAGAGCGCUUAUUAAGCCAAGGGGACAGCGAUAAGGACACUGUGCAAAAAAUGUGCCACCCGCUUUGUUUUUGUGACAAAUGUGAGAAGCUGGUUUCUGGGAAGCUGAAUGAUCCUUCCAUUGUUACACCGUUUUCUAGAGAUGACCGGGGUUUCACUCCACUUCACAUAGCUGCAAUAUGUGGCCAAGCGUCGUUAAUUGACUUGUUAGUCUCCAAAGGCGCCGUUGUCAAUGCUACGGAUUACCACGGAUCAACGCCGCUUCACCUGGCCUGUCAGAAAGGGUACCAAAAUGUUACUCUCCUCUUGCUGCACUACAAAGCAAGUACCGAAGUACAAGACAAUAACGGCAACACGGCGCUGCAUUUAGCGUGCACGUACGGCCACGAGGACUGUGUCAAGGCUUUAGUCUAUUACGACGUCCAUUCUUGCAAAUUAGACAUCGGUAACGAAAAGGGAGACACUCCUCUUCACAUAGCUGCCCGCUGGGGCUACCAAGGGAUCAUAGAAGUGCUGCUACAGAACGGAGCCAGCCCCGAUGUUCAAAACCGAACGAAAGAGACUCCUGUGCAAUGCGCGUUAAACUCCACGAUUUUAUCUUUGAUGGAGCUGGACUACCUCACGUUUGAAAGAGGACAGAGUGCUUCUCAGUCCCCGACCAGGUCUCCUCAGUUUUGCGAGGACACCAUCAGCCAAAUAUCCUCCGUCUCCACGUUGUCUUCGGUGACAGCAGCCAAACAAGAAGAAAUCACAGCUAUUUAUAAAGAGGUGGACAAACUUUUAAGAGCAGUUGCCGAUGGAGACUUGGAAAUGGUACGUUAUCUUUUGGACUGGGUGGAGGAUGAUCUCGAAGAACCUGAAGAAGUGGGCAGCAUGGAGAAACUGGAGUUCUGCCAUCCCUUGUGCCAGUGUUCCAGAUGUGGCCCUGUGCAAAAGAAAUUCUUCAGAGCGCCCAGCAACGGCCUUGGUGUGAAUGUUACAAACCAAGACGGCAUGACACCACUGCAUGCAGCCGCGCUACAUGGGCAUGCGGACUUGGUCUCCCUCUUACUGAAGCAUGGAGCCAAUAUUGGGGCGAAAGAUGCUAACCGUGCAGUGCCUCUUCACCUGGCCUGCCAGAGUGGACACUUCCAGGUAGUGAAGUGUCUGACGGAGUGCAGCGCUAAACAAAAUAAAAAGGACGUUCAUGGAAAUACUCCUUUAAUGUAUGCCUGCAUGAGUGGCUACGAAGAGAUAGCAGCCUUUUUGUUACAGCAUGGGGCCUUGGUUAACCUUUCCAAUAACCAAGGCAAUACGUCCCUCCACAGAGCUGUGAUAGGAAGCUACGAAACAUUGGUUCAGCUGCUGCUGCGGCAUGGAGCAUCAACCCACAUUAGGAACAACAGGCAGUGCACCCCUCUUGACUACGCUGAGCCCAAUUCAGGUAUCCUCAAGCUACUACAGGCUGCAGCGAGCUCAGAAGAGGGAGGACAGGCAGACUACAAAGCUCACACGACUGGGAAGAUCAGGAAAAAAAUCAGUUUCAAGUCGCCUGAGAUAGCAGACGAUCUCAUCGCCAGGCGCCUUCAACUUGUCCAGUCAAUCAACCGAUUUAACAAAUCAAAAGACUUACGGAAAACUAUAACCAGAGAUAAAAGCGUUCCUAACUUCGAUGAUGAGUUGCUGCACCAGUUAGCGAUUAAGAGCUUCGAUAAGAGCAAACUAAAGCCUGUGGACUCUUUAGACCUAAGCCAAACUCAGAUCUUUGAUGCCAGCAGCAGAGAUGAACCCACAAGAAAGGAAGACGAUGUUGAUGUGGCAGCGGCACCUCAUAAGAGUAAACUAAUGCAUCGGAGACAUACUGUUAAUGUGGCUCUUUCAGCCACAGAUGUCAGUGACAUCUGCGAUUUAUCCAGGUCCAGAGAUUCGAGUGUUUCUUCGCUAGAAGCUUGCUCGGAUGACUGAUGCUUUCAAAAACGCUGACCAGGAAAUCUGUUCGUUGGUAGCAAAAUUAAGAACGAGAUGGGAUCAGUUUCCCUCUCUGCCCACUCAGCACUGAAGGAUCAGUGGAUGCUUGGAACCAAGGCUUGAAAUUUGGAUCAGAAGGUUGUUUGGGAAUGGGAGGGGAAGCGUCUCUUCCUGUCAAUGUGGUUUGCACUUUUGGAGAUUGAAACCCUCUGAUUAUUUGUGGACAAAUCUACACAAUCCAGUAAAUUCAACCCAUUAACACACCCUCCCCCCUCAAUGAAGACAUAUAUUAAGAUGUCAAAAAUAUGUAGACUUAUUUCUAUAUUCUUGCACUCUCCAACUUGGUUUCAGCAGUAAAGGGUGUGUGGGAAACAGAAUUUAUAUGGGAUUUCCAAAGCCUAAAUAUUCUAGUUUAAAAAGGCAGUGGUUUUCUUCAGUUUUUAAGCCACUAAUUUACACUGAUCACUGGGAGGGCUUACAGCACUCCGGCGCUGAGAGCUGUAUAUAAAGCUUGACAAAAAAGGCAAGAAUCGCACAGUUAGUUUAGUUUUCAUUGGUUUUACUGGAAUGUGGGCCAUGUAUUGGGAAUUGAAAGAUGGAAGGUUAAGUACUUUUAAUGGUUGCACUUUUUUUUUCUUGAGAGAGCACAUAGAAAGAGAACUUUCUCCAAAUAAGCCAAGUUGUGACUGGCACUCAGUGUGCUCUUGUUUUGUUAAGCAUCCCACAAAAGAUCCUCAAGUUCCUGUGUAGAGACUAUGGCCUGACCCGGUUUAAUUUAAAGUAAUGUAUUUGUGGCACAAGAAAGCAAUUCUACUAAAUGCAAUGAGUGUAGUUAGAGGGAGUAGCUGCAUUGGCUGGGACUUGGGAGAAACAGCUUGGUUGUCGUUACUUUAAAAGACAGUUUCAAAUUGAUCUCUUGUGCACUUUUAGAAAUGGGAUGUCAGCUUUAGGUAAACAUUCCGUAUUUUAUUUUGAAGAAGGGGUUGGAUUAUCACUUGAACAGCACAAUAACCUUGCUCUGUUCACAUUUUGUUUUUAUGUAAUAUUUGUAUACGAAACCUUGAGGGUUUUUAAACUGUUGGAUAACCUAUUUUGGAUGGUCAAACGGUCUGUCAAGAUUUCUAGCUGCAGAACAUUGAUGUAAGGUGUAAAAGGUAGAGCUCUUGUGUGCUCCUCAAGCAGGAGAAGUAUAUUUUUCUACUAAGUACUUGAGUUCAUCUAAUUUUCUUAUGUGCCUUGGACUUGUGCCAAACGAUGGAAGAGAAAUAGUAAAAUUAAUAAAUCUAUGCUUUUAAUGUGC